AUGAGUUCCGCAUCCUCCUCACACUCAUCUGAACAACAUCCACCUGGAGCCCCCGGAGUGUCCAACGAGAGCGACACCGGUCCUGCGAAGGGAUCAGUGGUGUGGAAGAAGUGGCCCUCCGCCCUCCAGGGUCUGAUCGCGCUGCUUCCCGCAUACCAAGCCUUCCUCAGGGAUGGCGAUGUUCCUGGUAAAAGGGCUUGGCUGAAGGAAGCCAUACUGCAGAUGAUGGAGCGCGACUUUCCGAAGGACAUGGUUCAACGUUUUGGCACGGACAAGCUGAAAGCUGCCGCCACUUCCUGGUUGAACAACAAUAGGAACAACGUAGCCAACGACGUAUUGAAGGCAUUGGUUGAGAAUGACUGCCCAGACAAUGCUAAGGACGGAUGUGCGCCCCUCCCUAGCAAGAGCACGGGAAGCAAUGAUACCACACGCAGGGGGAAGAUCGUCGAUAACCCUUUAGCGAACGCUUUGCGGGCGCGGAAGGUAUCACCCAUGCGACUGUGGGGUAGCAAAAACAAUGCCCGCGUGCAGGAGCGCAUCCAGGCUACAGGCGGCAAACAAAUUGGUAGCUGGUCAGGAUGCGUGUCGUACAUAUGGCAUAACGAGCUGGAGGAGGCGGAGCGGUCCGAGUGGGUGAAGAAAGCGGAGGAGCUGAGCGUGCCUGACAAUGAGCAGUGUUACGUUAAUCAGUUCAGCGUCACGAAGCUGCUUGUUAGCUUGAUGAGUGACCUAAUUGGCAUUGGGCCCAACAAGAUAGGCAAAUCGUGCUUCACAGUGCGCUUGGCUUACAGGAGCCCUGAUGGGCAGCUCAUCUACGAAGAUUUUUCAUUGGCGGAGGAUGAGAAAGCGAUGUCGUUCGCGCACUUUGGGGGCGGUCCUGCACCGGAAGAGGAUGAGCGGUGGAUGAAGUGGGUAUCCACAGUUGUAGAUAAGGAAUUACGUGCCUAG